GCCCGGGCAGCAUGGUGAUGGCCGAGCCCCGCCGGCUUCCCCCUCAUGCUGCUGCCGCUGCUGCCGCCGCGCUGCUCCUGCAGCCGCCCCGCGGAGGGUCGGGCCCCGUCCGCGUCGGCUUCUACGAGAUCGAGGGCACCCUGGGCAAAGGCAACUUCGCCGUGGUCAAGCUGGGCCGGCACCGCAUCACGCGCAGCGAGGUGGCGAUAAAAAUCAUUGACAAAUCUCAGCUAGAUUCUGUGAACCUGGAAAAAAUUUAUCGUGAAGUGCAGAUAAUGAAGAUGCUGGACCACCCACACAUUAUCAAGCUCUAUCAGGUGAUGGAGACCAAAAGCAUGUUGUACCUUGUGACAGAAUAUGCCAAAAAUGGAGAAAUAUUUGAUUACCUUGCUAACCACGGCCGUUUGAGUGAGUCUGAGGCCAGGCGCAAAUUCUGGCAAAUUCUCUCUGCCGUCGAAUACUGUCACAGCCGGAAGAUUGUGCACCGUGAUCUCAAAGCUGAAAAUCUCCUGCUUGAUAAUAACAUGAAUAUUAAAAUAGCAGAUUUUGGGUUUGGAAACUUCUACAAAAGUGGCGAGCCUCUUACGACAUGGUGUGGAAGCCCCCCAUACGCAGCUCCAGAGGUCUUUGAAGGCCAGCAAUACGAGGGUCCACAGCUGGAUAUUUGGAGCAUGGGUGUAGUUCUCUAUGUUUUAGUCUGCGGAGCGCUGCCUUUCGAUGGACCAACGCUCCCCAUCCUGAGGCAACGUGUGCUGGAAGGAAGAUUCCGGAUCCCCUAUUUCAUGUCUGAAGAGUGUGAACAUCUGAUCCGGAGGAUGCUGGUCCUGGACCCAUCUAAGAGGCUGACAAUUGCUCAGAUUAAGGAGCACAAGUGGAUGGUAGUAGAGGUUCCUGUUCAGAGGCCCGUCCUGUACCCCCAAGGUCAAGAGAACGAGCCCUCAAUUGGGGAAUACAAUGAGCAAGUCUUGCGACUGAUGCACAGCUUGGGAAUAGACCAACAAAAAACUAUUGAGUCCCUGCAAAACAAGAGCUACAACCACUUUGCUGCUAUCUAUUACUUGCUCAUAGAGCGGCUCAAGUCACAUCGCAGCAGCUUCCCCGUGGAGCAACGGCUGGAUCCCCGCCAGCGACGGCCGAGCACCAUCGCGGAACAAACAGUCGCCAAGGCCCAGGCUGCAGUGGCUCCUGUGAACCUGCGUCCCCAGAACAUAAGGUUGCUGCGGUCUCCCGGCCUCCCGCCGACUUCCGCCGCUGAAGCCUUCUCCUUCCCCCCUUCUGCCUGCCAUGCAGAAUCCGCUUUCAUGGAGGAAGAGAGAAUUGACACGCCAAAGGUGAACGGCUGCCUUUUGGAUCCUCUCCCCCCUAUAAUGGGGAGGAAAGGGGGCCAGCCCCUGCCGAGCAGCAUGAUGGAAACCUCCAUUGACGAAGGGAUCGAGACAGAGGGGGAGUCCGAAGAGGACCCAGCUCGAGCGUUUGCGGCCCUGCAAGCCACGCGCUGCGGGAAGAGGCGUCACACUCUGGCAGAAGUCACCAAUCAGCUGGUUGUCAUGCCAGGCACAGGGAAAGUCUUUUCCAUGGACGAGAACCAAUCCUUGAGCAGCGUCGACUCUGAAUAUGACAUGGGAUCCAUCCAGAGGGAUCUUAACUUCCUGGAAGACACCCCCUCCCUGAAGGAAAUGGUAUUGGCCAAUCCACCAGCUCCAAGGAUGACCCCUCCUUUCAUAGGCCUGAGACCCACUAAUCCAGCCAUGCAGGCUCUGGCCUCCCACAAGCGAGAGGCCCACAACCGCUCGCCGGUCAGUUUCCGAGAGGGACGCAGAGCUUCGGACACAUCUCUGACACAAGGAAUUGUAGCCUUCCGACAGCACCUUCAGAAUCUGGCCCGAACCAAAGGAAUCCUAGAGCUGAACAAAGUCCAGCUGUUGUACGAACAGAUGAGGUCGGAAGAAGAGCCUGCCCUGGAUUUCACCUCUGCCCAUUUGCAAGGCCUGGGGAGCGGCCCCCAGCAGGAAGAGGCAUCCCAGCAGCAGGACGCUGCCUCCGCUUUCCCGAACGGCCUGCACCCCCACUUGCUCUCCAGGCGGCAGAGCUUAGAAACGCAGUAUUUGCAGCACCGGCUCCAGAAGCCCAGCCUGCUUUCAAAAGCCCAGAACGCCUGCCAGGUUUUUUGCAAGGAGUUACCCCGGAGCCUUGAACAGCAGUUACAGGAGCACAGGCUACACCAGAAGCGGCUGUUUCUCCAGAAGCAGUCCCAGCUGCAAGCGUACUUCAACCAGAUGCAAAUCGCGGAGAGCACGUACCCCAGGUCCAGCCAGCUCCCCCUCCCCUGUCACGAAGAGCAGCAGCACCAGCCGCCGCCGCCCCAGCCGCCCCCUCCGCCGUUCAGCUUGGUGCAGCCCCUGAGCCCCGUCAUGGAGCCCGCUGCGGAACAGAUGCAAUACGACCCUUUCCUUAGUCAGUAUCAAAAGCUGCAACUGGACCAGCCCUCCUCGCCUGCCAUCCACAGCCCGCCUCGGCUGCCGUCGCAGAUGCCCGGGAUCCAGCAGCAGCAGCAGCAGUAUCCCUAUCAGACUUGCGAACUGCCUGUCGGCGGCCCGCCUGAACCGGACUAUGCCAGUCAGCAUCAGUAUCCCCUGGACCCAGCGCAGCACGGCAGCGUAGCAGCGGCCGACCACCGGAGGAGCUCCGAACCUCCUGGGUCCCAGUCCGGCUACGAGGCCUUAGGCCUGGUGGAGUUGCCGGGGCUCUUUGAUUGUGAAAUGAUGGAAACCGUUGACCCCCAGCAUGGCGGCUAUGUCUUGGUGAACUAGCAGGCGUGGGAGCGUUCUGGGCGGAAGGCUGGUUGGUUGGUUGGUCGAAGUGAAGGACAUCAAAGGCGUGUGGAUUUCCAUUUAACAUCCUAUCCCUAAAAUUCAUGGCUUAUUACCAACCCUUGAAACUUUAAUGGAUGAAUAUACAAACCCACCUAGUUGGUACUAGCAGGGAAUGACUGAAUAUCGCUCUGUGAGAAAGCUUGCUGGCAGUGGGUUGGAGAUGAAUACUGCACUUUCAAUGAAAGAAGGAAUAAACUUUGAAGGGAAAGAGGCAACACUUUGAGGAAGGAAGGACGGAAAGAAGGACAGACCGACAGCCGGAAGGAAGGAAGGAAGGAAGGAAGGGUGGGUCAGCCUUCCAGAAUCGUUGGUAUUCUGCUAACCAUGUCACCCCUGUCAGAGGAAGCCUGGCAGAAUUCAGGAAGAAGAGUGAAUAUGGGACAGACCAUAUUUCUUGGCAAUAAAAGCAAUACAUUUUUCAUUGGAACUUGGCACCGUUUUGGUUUGACAUUAGACCAAAUCCGGAACGUUACCUGCCUCUGAACUGCUGACGUUGAGCUAGACUGCAGACGACCCUCAAGAGGACACCCCGCACCCCUCUCUGUCUCCACUUCUUUCUGUUGGCUGGUGACUCUUGCCAGGACAUCCCCCAGUCUUUAUACGCACCACGACAACUUCCUGGAUCUUUGAUGAAAGGGUCCAUAUAUCUAUCUUGAACGAAAGAUGAAGCUAAUGUCCAGGAUUUCCAUGGAACUGAGUGUGCUGGGAGGUCCUCCAAAGAUCAGUGAACAGAGAAUGCAAGGGUGAGGGGGGGGGGGGCGAAUGGCCUGGGGAAAGACCGUAGGGGUGCGAAGGCAACUCUGUGGUGCCUCUCAUGGAAGCUUGGGGAGAAGCUGAUCACUGGAGAAGUUGUUAUAAGCUGCCCUUGGUUGCUUUUCUGUUUUGAAAGAAGCAACUGGACUUUACAGUGUGCAUUGCUGGUGAUUUCUUAGGCUUUGUAUAUUUGGACAAUUAUUUAGGGAUGUAGCGUUUUAAGGACAAAACAAGAUGAGUUUAUCAGAAAACCCAUGUGAAGUGAUAGUGCUGUGCCUUUUCUGGGUUCUUUUUGAGACUCCUUUUCUUUCUCUCUCUCUCUCUCUCUCUCUCUCUCUCUCUGAAGUAGAAAAUACCCCAUUGAUGUCUGUGCUGACACCAAAGUCCCUUCAGAGCCCAAGUUCCACCAUGUGGAAUGCAGGUUUUAACAUUUUCUUGGAGUGUUUAUGACUUGUUCAUCUAUAUAUCUGAAAUGUUAAAAAAAAAAAAAGUAUUACAGCAAUAUUUAGGAUCAAUAACUGUUGAUUUCUUAAGCAGUAUCAACAGGCAUCUGCUCUACCAAGCGUUUGGCCGAGACCUUUGGGAUGUGACAUACCGGCCUCAAAUCCAUAGGAAGGAUAUAGAGAAUUUCUCAAAACUGUCACAUAAGAGUUGUUUUUUUUUUUUUUAAAAAAAAAUGACCACGUUGAGGAAAAGGCGCUGGUGUUCUCGAACAUCCUGGUGGGAGCAGAUAAAAGGUUUAAGCACAACAUAGAUUUGUUUAAGCACAAAGAACAAUGGACUAGCAAAGGUGAUCUGACUUAAGGCCAUCUUCGACCCAGUUCUUCUCACUGAUGGGCUUGAUCCAUGCCUGGGCUGUCACGCUUCAGACUGCAGGUGGGACGGUGGCGUGUCUGUGUCAUUCCGGGGUGGGUGGGGAGAGAGAGACCCCACGAGGUGGCCGGCAGGAGGGCUGGUGCUGCUGGUUCUAUACGCAUUUAAACGUUUUAAAGAAGAAGAGAAACACACACGUCACCACCGAGGUUAUUCCCUCCCCCAAUCCCCCUCCCCACAAACAUCAGCAUUGCUGAGAUGAUGUCUAGGUCGGCUUCCCAAAUUUGGCAUCCAAUACGUCUCUGCUGAGAACUUCCUGUUCAUCCCAAAUUGGUAUGGAGGAGCAUCCCACCUGUGGCCUGAAGCGGCCCAGCCAAGAUGAUAACUGGGCCUUAUCUUAGUGGGGGGGGGGGGACUUCUUCCUUUCCCUUCCCACCCCGACCUACUUUAGCAUGUGUGCCACCGCAUUCCCCCCACGCAGUGCUGACGCUGACUUCUUCCCUUGUGGAAUUCCUUCCUGCGGAUGGCCCGUUUUCUUCGGAGCAGGACUUUGCAGUCCCAGAUUUCCUUUGCCAGGAGGAACAACCUUUUGUCGCCCUCUUAAACAACUGCAGUGCUUUUCUCCGAAGAAAAAUCAUUCCUGUUUCACCCCCUGCACUUCAGAUGGGCUUGGGGAGAUGUCAGCCAAGCUGAUGCAAACAGCCUUAUUUCCUUGUAAGCAGCAAGAGGAAACCCCGCAGGCCCUGGAGACCUGUCCACCCUUCUGCUAAGCCCUAAUUUUAUUCCAGGGGGAGGAGAGAAGCCAGCCACAUCUCUCCUCUGUGCUUCGUGGAGGAGGGGUUCUCUAAACCGGGGUAGGCAACAUAAAGCCCUUGGGCCACAGCCAGCCCACCAAGGCUUUUCACCCAGGACAUCGCUACACACUGGUUUGUGUGAACCAAAACCUCAGUGAGUUGGACAGAAACUGUAGGCCAUACGUUGCCUACCUCUACUGAGUCUCUUAAGGGUGCAAUCCUAUUGUGUUGGGGUACGGUCAUCCUAUGCAGACCAGGAGGAGCUAUGGAGGCGAUUUUCACCUCCCUGUCCCCGUCCCCACCUUGCCUUGAUCGCUAGAUGGGCUUUUUUGCCUGUCUAGCAAAGGCGUUUCAGAAGGGAGGGGAAGGAGGCUGGAAGAGUGACAGGAUAGCUCGCAUCCCAGCCUCUCCAGUUUCCUCCCCUGCCUGCCCACUGAAAUGCCCCCUUGUCCUCCAAGGUUGAGUUCCCAACCUGGGAGAGCAGCCGGAGCAAUUCUUUCCACGCUGGCUGCAAGGAGGAGGGGGCCGGGAGGUCUGAUUCCCUCCUCCAUCCUCAAAGCUGAGAAUCUGAAGUACCCUGUGGCCCGUCAGAUGCUGUCCAGGGGCCCCAUAGCAUGGCUCCCUAAAGCAAUUUUCUGUGGGUUUCCAAACUCUUCCCCUUGCGUUGAUGGUCCUCCUUGGCUGGAAGCAGGCAUCUCUUUGCAGGAGGUCAUUCCGCGGGUGCUUGGAGGCAGGCUGCAGCCUGUUUGCAUCUCCGCUUGUGUGGACUUGCCAAGGACUACUGAAGACCAGGGAACUAGGCCUCGCAGAGCUGCCGAGGGCCUGGUGCACCUUAGCUUCAUGCAGCUCUCCCAGAGCACAGCUUGUAGCCCAACUGUCGGAGGUGGCUACAGGCAGGUAUCUAGGGGCAGAGAGAGUCUAAGCAUCCCUUCCGUAGGCAAUCGCUUCGUACCUCUGCUUAUGGGGCCGGAAGCUCUGAAUGUAAAACUAGACCCGACGUCUCUCUCCCUCCUUUCCUCCUGCCACUUCCCAGCCCGUGUCUCUGAACAUUUGGUGUCGUUUCUAUUACCAUAACCGAGGAGCACCCAUUUUCCUUCCACCACACUCACACGCACCCCUAGAGCACUGCCUCCCCCUUUGUGUUAGUGCUACUUCAAAACAGCCGCUUCUGUCGAGUCUGCUGUGUCUGUUGUUAGAAGGUUUGUGUCUCCUACUGUAUAGCAACUACUAGCUUUAUUAGUUUUAAUGCAAGUUCCUUUGAAGAGACUUUGGUGAGAUGUACCUGGGGUUAAAACAAAAAUUUUCACAUGGAGAAAAGUGCAAUACGUGUGUGUGUGGUACGUUCUUUAAUGUAUUUUUUUAAAAAGAGUUAAAAGGGUUUAGUCUUCGCUUUGGGAGAAAUGCACUAGUUUUGUGAGCGCCGAUUUUGGUGCCCCCAUCUGUAGUAUUUUACAUGCAGUUGGUAUGCUGGACUCUGUACAAGCGAUUACAGUGUAUUCAUGCAAAAUAAAGAACAUGGACCUUC